AUUUCAUCGGCGUAAUGUGCGUUAAGCCGCUAAUUACAGGGCCUAUUGUUCAAAAUUUUGCACGAAAUUCUGCGGUUAUCUUGUCUCGGCCAUGUUCAUAAGCGGCCACAGUUUCUAUUCCUUUUUCCACAGCCGGGCGCCCAGUGUUCGUCCGCGCUUAGUUCUUGAAUUUGCUCCUGUACAAACACGAAAGAAAAAUCAGUCGCAGUUAAAAUUUAAAACGAAGUGCCACGAAAAUGUUUAACCUCGGGAAGAAGACGGAAAAGUAAUUGCCGUCCGGUUAAAAGUUAUAAGUCGCAGCCAACGCAAUUUACCCAGUGCCUACGCACUCCGCAAACGACUGCGAUCGGUUCGUGAACAUUCCGCACCCUUGCUGUCACCCACAUACUAUCAAACCUGAAAAUCAUGCAUUUAGGGACCUUCGGAGUGGCUCUGUCACUGUGCCCCAUUCUCAUCUCGCCCUUUUGUGCCGCCUCCGAGUCAGCCCAACAGAGUUUCUCGAAAUGCAUCUCCUACAACACGCAGCAGUAUGGCCGAAUCUCCAACAUCACCACCACCUCCGACAGCCCCGAUUUUCUCGUCAUCUACAACGCGUACGUCCGGGAGCCUCGAUUUUUGGACACCUCGACCCCGAAACCACUCUUCAUCGUCACCGCGAUGGAAACAUCCCACGUGCAAGGAGCCAUCGUCUGCGCCCGACGCAGCGGUCUCCAAGUCCGUAUCCGCAGUGGAGGCCACGAUUACGAGGGGCUCUCCUACAUGGCCGGCGUCCCUUUCGUCCUCAUCGACUUGAACAACCUCCGCUCGGUUCGCGUGGACAUCCCGACCGAGAGCGCUUGGAUCGAUUCCGGAGCUACCCUCGGCGACGUGUAUUUCCGGAUCGCGGAGAAGAGCAACGUGUACGCCUUUCCCGCCGGUAGUUGCUCCACGGUCGGUAUCGGAGGGCACUUGGGCUGUGGCGGCUUCGGCUUCAUCUUCAGGAAGUUCGGACUGUCGGCCGAUACCGUCCUCGACGCCAAGAUCGUCGAUGUGAACGGAAGGCUCCUGACGAGAGACACCAUGGGAGAAGACCUCUUCUGGGCCAUCCGUGGUGGCGGCCCGGCGAGUUUCGGCGUGGUCGUCUCUUAUCAGGUGAGAAUCGUACGCGUACCGCCGACAGUCACGAGGUUCUCUGUCGAUUACACUCUUGAAGAAGGUGGUGCUCGACUUCUGCAGAAAUGGCAAGACGUCGCUUUCAGGCUCCCUGAAGAUCUCUUCCUGCGUGUGGUAUUGAUUCUUUCGGACAAUGCAACCCUAUCGGUGUCCUUCCAGUCCUUGUAUCUCGGCCGGGUGGAUCGGCUCUUGUCGGUGCUUCGAGAACGCUUCCCCGAGCUCAACGUCCGACGUGAAAACUGCACGGAGAUGACGUGGAUCCAGUCCGCGGUCGACCUGGCCGGCUUCCCGUUCAACGGUUCCGCGACCGUCUUGUUGAACCGCACGACGCAACAAACAGUCGCGUCCAAGAUGAAAUCGGACUACGUCACGGUCAAUCGACCCAUACCCGAGGCCGGGUACGAUGGACUCUUCAAGAUGAUUUUACAGGCCAACAUGUCAGCUUUGUACCUCAUCCUGACGCCGCACGGUGAAAUGAUGGCCAGGAUUCCGACAAAUGCCAUUCCCUUUCCGCAUAGGUUCGGGAUCAACUACGGUAUCCAGUAUGGUGUGUCCUGGGACGUGGACGAUGAUGUCCAAGGUCAGAAAGCGUUGAGCGAUAUCAGGAGGGUCUACGAGUAUAUGGAGCAGUACGUGUCCAGGGGACCGAGAUCGGCGUACCUGUGUUACAGGGAUCUCGAUCUGGGGACGAAUGGAAGGGACGGCAUCGCGGACUUCAGGGAAGCGUCCGUUUGGGGCUUCAAGUAUUUCAAUAACAAUUUUAACAGGCUUGUUCGCGUCAAAACUGCGGUCGAUCCUGAGAACUUUUUCAGGUACGAGCAAAGCACCCCACCGGAUUGCAACUGUUGAUUUACUGUACAAAAUAUUGAUCCCUGCGUGGAAGCGCUCUCUUCGAAGACCUACAUGUCAUGACUUGAUCUACUUAAUUUGAUUUGAUUUCUUUCAUCUUCCUCAAUAAUUUAAGAUAGCGAUUACCUGUUUUGAUAUAACUAAUUGCAUCGACUCUAGUAACUUCUGAGGAUGAAGCUAAGAUUUCUAAUGUUAUCAUAUGAGCCGCAAGAAAGUGUUGCUUUUGUUUGUGUUUAUUGCUCUAUGGUUUUUGACCUUUCCUUGUUAUAAAUAAAUAGUGUAAAUGAUGAGACCACUCUUUUUCCAUUCUUCAAAAAUGUUUGAUUUUGAAGUCC